GCCUCCAAGGCGGCUGCUGCCCAACAGCACCAAGCCCAGCAGGAUGCUGCAGUUGCCCAAGCCCUCGAGAUUGCUCGGGAGAGCCCAGACGGCGCCUCAGAUCCCACCGUCAGCAAGAUCCUGGAGAUGGCUCUGUCGCAGAUCUGGGGCAAGGUCCAAGCCCAGCCCGACUCAUAUGUCAUGACGCGUGACGAGUUUGCCGUCUUCAACUUCUUCCAGCACCGCUUCACCGGCGACAAGACGGCUGUCACAGCGCGCAAGCGAUACUGGGACCAUGCCAGGGCUUAA